AUGAGUAAAGUGGCCAACGCUAAUACCAUCCCAUCAUUUGCCGUGGAUGGCAACAACGGCACCGACUGGAACUCUGACUUUUCUGCAGUAUCGGCUUAUUACGACCUGGAACCCUGGUGGAUGGUGGAUCUGCUUGGAUUCUUCCCGAUCCAUGACGUCAUCAUCACGAGCAUGGGAGGCCCAUACUGUAAGCAGCAUUAUUUUAUCAUUGUUUUUGAGUAUCUCUCUCGGCGUAGGUUCGUCAUAUCCGGUGCUUCUGACGUCACGAUUUGCGCGAGCAGAUGCCAGAACAGCGAUUGUUUGGCGUUCAACUACAACCAGAACAGUCAGCAGUGUCAGCUUAUUUCAGCUCCGACGUUUGAGGAUUCAAGAACGAUGACGUCAUCGUGGAAUUACUAUGGAGUGGAUCUUUGUUGA